AUGUACGAGAUGCUUGGGCGGGUCAUUAUCACCGCGGAAACGGUGAAGCUCUUUGACAAGGAACUCGGCAAAGUACUGUUCGGUAUGCGUGACAAGGGGAUCGACCGCAAAACAAAGCGUGAAACAUGGGAGGCCAGUGAACGGUUUACCGAGUCCGUUCUUUUGUCGGUAGACUCAGGGCAUGCGUUGAGCGACUGGCGGCUUCGCCGCAGCUGGAAUGAUCUCUGGACGUUCUGGGAAAACGCCGACCGCCAUUUGCGUUCGAUCGAAUACCAUGUGCUGUACGCAAGUAGGGAUGGCCCGAUGGCCGACAUGCUCUUCCGACGUGCAUUGAAAGAAGUUCUGAAGGACCAGACGCUGGACGAUGUCGUCCACGCCGUCACAGGUUCUCACGUACUCCCGACGCAAAUCUACGUUUACUUUCGCUUUGAUGAGGGCCAAAAGCUUCCCGAAUACAGCUCGUGCUCCAAACAGCUGACCUUCUACUUUCCCACAGACUUGCUUGACAAGCACGGUAGCCCCCGGUCCCCAAACCCGUUUGGCGGCCCCCUCUGGGACGGUUUGGCCGAAAUCCGUCGUCAAGGACCCUUGGCGUAUGGGCUUUUGUAG